CGGAAUUGAACCCGUCUUCCGGCCGAGCACCGAGUGUUUCCGCGGUGGAAAACCCACCAAAUGGUUCAAAUAAACCGGAACCCUGUUGGUGGGAAAGAGGCCAUAAUAUCCUGUGUGGACAAGACACUGUGCGCUAUGCAAAUGAAAAGUGGUUUACUGCGGAUAUGAUACAUACAUGCGUUGGUCUAAGACUUGAUAUGAUCAAGUCUAGUUUGGUGAGCAGUAUAUAAGAGGACACCUUUCUCUGUUCCAACAGAUGUUUUCCAUCUCACCAAAGAAGUGUAUGUUGUUAAGGUCCAAAGUGGCAAUUUCUUUUCAAAAUCACCUCCUCAACACACAGUGGAAAAUGAGAAAUCUCAUCCUGCUUGCUGUGAUCCUUCAUUUGGCCAUCAUCAUAAAAGAAAUAAAUGGUCAAGUUCUUGGAGAUAUAAUUUCAUAUGAAAGGACAUGUCCCUGUAUCGGCGCUGUAAUUUACAAGCACUUUGCCAUUUUUAGGGGUGGACCCAACACGGAUCAAAACAUAUUUCACCACACAAGGAACCCAGAUCAAUGUGCUUAUGGUAAAAUCAAUGCUCAGGGGGUUCACGAAAUAGAAAACUAUCUGGAUGGGAUGCCAACCAUUACCAUAGGAAAUGAAGCUGAAAUUCAAAUGCGCAUCAAUGAAAUGAGGGAAAACUGCGGUGAAUAUAAUCUUUUGCGCAAUAACUGUGAACAUCUUGCAACCUACGUACGUUAUGGAAUAAGACGUUCAGAACAGCGUGGCACAUUAGUAGAAUGGUUUGCAAGAAGACUUUGCCAGAGGGGACUAAAUUCUUGCCCAAUACUGGAUGAAAAAUGGAAAAAAGUACUAGAAUACUUGGAUGAGAAUGCAAAGCGUGAGAGAGAAUGUAAUGCAUGUAGAAAUUCCGGUCGAUAAGAAUGUCCAA